GUUCUUCUGCCAAUUGUUUCAAGUGAUUGACUAACUUUUAUGUCCCUUUGCUUUCGUCCUUUGUGCUGGAUGAUGCUGUCAACUUAAUCUUGUUGUGUGUUUCGACAGUGCUCGCUGGACUUGCGUGUAUGUUCUCCACGAGCAUUCUCUUGCAAAUCUUGGCAUGUGCUUUGUACAACAAUUGGUGGCCUAUGUUAGCAGCACUCAUGUAUAUCCUCGUUCCAAUGCCAUGCCUAUUCUUUGGUGAUGGAUCCACACGGUUCUUGACUACUGGAGAGGGUGGAGCGUGGAUCAAUGCUGCAAAGUUUCUGACCGGAGCGUCUGCCAUGGGCAGCCUCGCUAUCCCAGCAAUCCUGAGGCAUGCUGGCCUGAUCGAGACCGGGGCCAUGUUCAUCGAGUUCACGUCCUUCUUCAUUCUUGUGUGCACGGUGAUGUGCUUCCACAGGGCUACCCUGGACGAAGAUUGGUGAAAGGUGCAAGACAGCCAAGGAGUACCCAAGAAGAAGAGCAGUGCCGGUGUCGCUUCGCCUUCUCUCUUGACACCUGAAAAGAAUUCCCUUGGUGGGAGCUAACAUGGAACUGUGUACAAAGAAGCAUGUUUCAAGUGCAUGACUACUAUAUGGAGUAUAAAUGUAGUUAAGAUCCUGCAGUCAAGUGGCAAUGCCAUUAUUUUACUUCCACUUCUUCAUGUCAAGUUUUUCUGUGUGUUAUCCAUGGCGAACUGCCGUUGUAAAACAUGACCUGGUGCACUGAUUGACACCGUUUUUAUUAGGUUG